AUGUCGACAGGCGCCAAGGCUCCUUCACCACCGCAAGCACAGCUUGUACCACCAAACGCUCCCAUGCCUCAGCCGGCAACACCACGUGCAAGCACGAGCGCAAGCGCAAGCGCCAAGUCUGACUAUUCUCCGCACUCCGACGUCGCCCCCGAUACGCCAGGCAGCCGCAGCCGCACCACACCGCUCUCGCUCGCUAGCCCGUCCCCUGCGCGCAAAGCACCAAGUCGCGAUAUCACGAGCCCAGCCAAGACUCCUCAUCGUAGUUUGACUCCAGCACGCACACCCGGCGGCGGCAUACUUACAUGCACGUCUGAUGCAGACCGCAUGGACAAGGUGGAAAUCCACACGGCAAUCUGUACAGUGUGCGACCAACGCAACAAGGGACAUAUGAAGCGGUGUCCCGGCUGUACCUGGCAAAUCUGCGAGACGUGUCGCGAGAAGCGGGAGAGUCAGGGUCGGAGCCUCACGCACGGGAGUAUGGGCACGCCUGGAGGUCUCGGAUCGGGUUUGGGUAGUGGUAAAGUUGUGAGGAGGAGGUUGUUGGACAUGCCGGGAUCACCUACGCCUGCGCCAGGGCGCACGCCGGCACGGCAACAUGACGACGAACAGAUGAUGGGUGCUGGGGAGAAGGGCACUACAAAGGGUAAAGGAAAGGCGAGUGCGACUGCUAAACCAGCGAGCAAGAAGAGGAUCGUCAGCAGCAGGAAGAGUAAGGCUAUCAUCGAGAAUGACUCUUCAGGCGACGACUUCAUACGGGCGAAGAACAGCGUAUCAACCCCCCAGAACGUCGCGCCGCCCCACGGGCCCGUAUCCCAAGAAGCCUCUUGGGAGGGCUGGCAGGGCGUCAAUACGCCAGGUCACUGGUAUGAGCAGCAUUUCCUAGGUCGACAAGAGCCUGUGGUGACAAACCGCGUGAUUAGCAUUCCGGAAUCUGUGCGGCGCAUGGGCGAUAAGACACCGCGUCUGACCGCGGUGCAGAAGUUAGAGGCGAGGAAGAACGAGAUGUGGUUCCAAGCACAAAAGGCGCAAGCCGAAGAACUGAAAGUCGCGUCGACCGUCAGGGGCUUUGCCGAAGCCGAAGCCCUCAAGGCCCAGAACCAUAUUCCAGACUUGAACACCGACGAAAAGGAGGAGUUGACGUCCGCGAUCAAAGAAGGAGCUCGUAAGUGGGCUUUGCGCGCGCACGAUGGACUACCACCCCCACUGCAGACGACCGUCGAGCGGGGCCUUGAUAUGCGCCUUGACCACAUCGAUACGCCGUACACAAGACAACUCUUCGAUGUCAUCAGGGAGUGCGCCAGCCGCAAGCUUGAUGAGUUCAUACAGGACCGUGGAACGUCGACGUAG